AUGACUGAUCAAGAAGUGGAAACAUAUUACGACAUCCUAGGAGUAUUGCCAACAGCUAGCGCGAAUGAAAUUAAAAAGGCGUAUCAAAAAUUGAUACUAAUCUGGCAUCCAGAUAAAGAAAAGUGGCACCAAAAUAAACAAAUCAGCAAUGGAUCUUUGGAAAUCGAUGACACAGUUGACGAAGGAUUAAGAGAGAAUUUUAUUGAUGAACGGGAAACUAACGACGGUGGUGGUGAUGGUGGCGGUAGGGAUGUUUCAACCGCCUAUAAAGUACAGCAAAUAAGUGAUGCAUGGAAAACAUUAAGAAAUCCUGUCGCAAGAAAAGCGUAUGAUGUUCAGAUCAAAGAAACCUUUACAUACACAUUGGAAUGUCGCUGUAGUAGUCAUUACAUAAUCACUGAGGAGGAUUUAGAGAACGGGAUAGAUAUUGUUGCGUGUGGUGGAUGUUCACUACGUGUUAGGGUUUUGUAUGACGUUGCUGAUGAUGAUAACGAAGAGGAAGAAGAAAACGUUCCAAGAUGA